UUAAUAAACAAAUGAAGAAAACAAAGGCGGAAGACGUUAGAAGGAAAAGGGAGAAAAGUAGCAACACUUAUCUUUAAAAAAAACGACAUCAAAAUGUUGAAAGAGUUAGUGAAGGAGCGACUAAUGGCGGCCGCUGACGAUAUAUUGGAAUUGUUUGAAAGAACGAUAGCGUCGUACCAGGAGGAACUUUGUCGAACGAGAGAGGAGAAGGAGCGUCAUCGGCAAGAACUGGAAGCUGUUUGCAAGACUCAAAUUGUGCUACAUAUUGGAGACACCCACAAACUGAUCGGUCAUCAAGAAGAAUGUCCCCCUCACUUGCAGGGCGUGAGCUCCACUUUGAAGCUGGAGGAUACACAACUUCUCCACAUUGAAGAGGAACAGGAAGAACUCCAGUUCACUCAAGAGCGAGAGCAUUUUCACAGGCUGGAGGACACCAACUUGACAAAACUCCCUGUGAAGACUGAAGACCAUGAAGAGAAACCAGCGGAGUUCUUACAGCUUCAUCUCAGUCCAAGUGAGGUCAACACAGGGGCGGAGACUUCGAGCCGCAGCUUACCGCAUUACAUGACAACAGAACCCGAUGGAGACCAUCAAGGAGGAUCACAAGCGUACCACCUCAUAGCUCCACUAUCAGAUGAUGACGACAUGACAUCGGGGGACGGCAAGACGACCUGCUCAGUUUGCGCUAAAACUUUACCCAAUAACGGCGCUUUAAUUCGCCACAUGAGGAGACACACCGGAGAAAAACCGUUUCGUUGUUCAGUUUGUGGCAGAUGUUUCUCUGAGAAAUCAAAUAUGGUCUGUCACAUGAGAAUACACACUGGAGAGAAACCUUUUGGUUGUUCGGUUUGCGGUAAAAGAUUCACUUUAAAUUCAACUUUUGUAAAACAUAUGAGGACGCACACCGGAGAAAAACCAUUCAGCUGUUCGUUCUGCGGUAAAACAUUCUCUCGACGUGACGUUUUGACAUUACACGUGCGGACGCACACUCGAGGAAAACUUUGUAAUAGUUCGGUUUGUGGUAAGGAAAGUAUGACAGCACACGGACAUCCACGACAAUGUAGCAUGUAGCUAAUUAUUAAAUAAUUAAUUAAAUAAUAUAUAAUAAAUAUUAUAUAUAUAUAUAUAUAUAUAGGUUUUGAGUAGCUAAAACUGAUUGAU